UUGAUUUUCCACCUAGGUAAGCAAACUUUUAAAGCAAUGUGUCUAUAAAUACUUUGUUUACUUGGAGACAUUUCUACACAUGACAUACAGAAAACUUCAAAAAACGAAAUAAAGAGAGAGAGAGAGAGAAAAAAAAAAAUGGGUGCUAAGUUAAACAUCACCUUAGUCCUUAUGCUGCUUACAACCAUAUUUGCUAUUGAUGCUAAAAUUGAAAAUGACUGGGAAUUUGCCCGUGCAACGAACUACGGUGGCAUGGAUGGACGUGAAACCAUGCAAGGAGCUUGUGGGUAUGGAAAUCUCACCCAACAAGGCUAUGGACUCGAAACGACAGCAUUAAGCACGGCCCUCUUCAACGACGGUCUAACAUGUGGCGCUUGCUACCAAAUCAUGUGUAAAGACUCAAAAUGGUGUCUUAAUGGUACCCAAAUCCAUGUAACAGCCACCAACUUUUGCCCUCCUAACUACACUAAACCUAACGAAAAUUGGUGCAACCCUCCCUUGAAGCACUUUGAUCUAUCACAACCAAUGUUUAGGAAAAUCGCGGUGUAUGAGGCAGGCAUUGUCCCUGUGGCUUAUCGCCGGGUAAAUUGUAAUAAACAAGGAGGCCUUAAGUUCGAGUUUAAGGGAAACCCGAAUUGGAUCCUUGUACUCGUUUAUAACGUGGGUGGUGUAGGGGAUGUUGAGGAUGUUAAGGUUAAGGGUUCCGACACUACUAGUUGGUUACAAAUGAGAAGGAAUUGGGGACAAAAUUGGGAGACUAAUGCUACGCUUGUUGGACAAAGUUUGUCGUUUCAAGUGACUACUAGUGAUGGAAAAAUGGUGCAAGCUGAUGAUGUGGCUCCUGCUUCAUGGAAAUUUAAUCAAACUUAUGUUUGUAAAAGACAAUUUAGGUAAUUUGUAUUACCAUUCUUAAAAAAAAAAAAAGGUAAUUUGUAUUACCAUCCUGUAAUUUGAGUAACAUGUGUGUUGAGCAAUAGGGAUGGGGGCUCUAGAUGAUGUAUAAUCUGAAGUUAAUGAUAAAUCAAUAUUAACAGAGUUACGAGAAAGUUUAAGUAUAUUAAUGGGUUUAAUCGAAUAUAAAUCUAGAAUUGCUUAAAUGAAUCUUGGCUCAAUAGACAAUACGGUCAAUCACUUUUGAAAUAACGGAUUGAUUUGUGAAU